GAGAUCGGAGGAAAGAAAAGGGCAAGGAAGGGACCUGUAAUAAAUUCAGCCUCGCACUCUUGGCGCCAAUCAGACUUUAGGAGAAAUAAAACAGUUGAAUUUUCAUUGAUUGGUUUAAUAGAAUUUGCGCCCAACCGCUGCUCCUCUCACAGCCUUCGGUCGGUGCUUUAGCUAGCUAGCCUCGCCAGCACACUAUCUAUCAUUGUCAUAUUAAUCUGGCCCCUUUCUCUCUGUCUGUAGUCACGAUACUAAUAACUCAGCACCAGCGAAGCACAGGGACAAUAGAGGCGUGUUUCUCCUGGGGGACCGAUAAGACACAGCGGCAAAAUGGGGAGAAAGUCCAACAGAGCAAAGGAGAAGAAAGCCCGGCGUUUGGAGGAGAGGGCGGCUAUGGAUGCUGUCUGUGCUAAGGUGGAUGCAGCCAAUAAGCUGGACGACCCACUGAGUGCCUUCCCAGCCUUCAAAAAGUACGACAGAAAUGGGCUGAACCUGCAGAUAGAGUGUAAGAGAGUGACCUCCCUCAACCCACUGUCUGUGGAGUGGGCCUUCGAACUCACCAGAGGCAACAUGCAGUCACUGUACGAGCAGAGCGAGUGGGGGUGGAAGGAGAGGGAAAAGAGGGAGGAGAUGAACGACGAGAGGGCGUGGUACCUGCUGGCCCGCGACGGCGACUCCGCCCCUGUGGCCUUCUCUCACUUCCGAUUCGACGUUGAGUGUGGGGAGGAGGUUUUAUAUUGCUACGAGGUGCAGUUAGAGAGCAGAGUGCGGAGGAAAGGACUCGGCAAGUUCCUUAUCCAGAUACUACAGCUCAUUGCUAACAGUACACAGAUGAAGAAAGUGAUGUUGACAGUUUUCAAACACAACCACGGGGCUUACCAGUUCUUCAGAGAUGCUUUACAGUUUGAGAUUGACGAAACUUCGCCGAGCAUGUCCGGUUGCUGCGGCGACGACUGCUCUUACGAGAUCCUGAGCCGGCGGACCAAACAUGGCGAGGCCUCGGCGGGACACACCCACGGGGGCGGGCACUGUGGGGGCUGCUGCCACUGAUUCCGCUUCAGUUACACCUUAUGAUUGGUUAAAAGCCAGCAACUUUCAUGGCUGUGUGUGAAAGCUUGAGCUGCCUGCUGUUCGAGUUUGUACGGUGAUCUCUGCGGCCGUUAAAAAUGAACCGAUGGUGGAAUACCGGGCUACAGAUAUUAAUGUCGCAUUAUGGAUUGAGAUUUAUGUGUCUUUUGUGUAUUCCUGCUACAAAAGCAGUAUGCAGUGUGAGCUUUCACACAUAGCUCCUGUUCGUCUUUUCCUACUUCUUGGUUCAAUGUCUAAGCCUUUUCUCACUCUCUUAUCCCACUUAAUAACUAUUCGUAGUUCCCAGUCAAGAAAAAGCUUUUUGCUGUCAUCAUUUACCACCACAGUCAACCUCAUCCCAUCCUGCUCUCAUCUCCCGACGUGCUAUACUGUAACGAAUCAUUCUGCAGUGUUGCUUAAACUGUGGUUUGGGACCUAAAAUUGGACACAGACAUCGGGCUGUAUUAUAGAAACUCUUUACCUCUAGUUAACAUCUCUCAAGUUUAAGAUAGAAAUUAUUUAAAGUAAUAAAUUCUGCAAAGUUGACAAAUCAUGCUCGAAGUCCAGUUACCGCAGAUACUAAGCAGGUAGGAUCAGUUCUGUAAUACAGCCCCUGAUUUCCUUGGGAUCUCAUACUGAGACUACUAGCUUGUUUCAUUGAACCAGGGUCCCAGGAUUAGGUUGAAUGUACUCAAGUGUAGGUCCCCUUGAAAACAGUCUGAGAAGCUCUGCUAUACUGUAACAUUACCUGUUGUAACACAAGUUAAAUGCUCAUGCGUCUUGUUUUCUAACAAAAGCACUGCAGCUAGCAACAACUGUGCUGUUUAAAACCACACUUACCCGUGAUACUACUGUUACAUGAUUACAGUACACUAUUAGCACUACCCAUCUUCUCUGUUCAGGUGAUACCUAAAUGUAUAGACGUCUCCCCUGCUUUUAUUUUUUAUAACUUAUGAGACAAGAUGUCCAAGGUUGCCUUUUUCAUUUUAUUGUUUUCUCCUUUAUCCCAGUGAAAUGAGUAAAAAAAAAAAUCAUUGAUAUCUCAUCAGCUAUUGCUGUAAAUCUGCAUCAAACCCAGAAAAUAACCCCCAGUGUGAUCCUCCUGCUCAUUCAGAUGUUCGGCUUGCUUUAACCCCAGCCUCAUAUUUCCUAAUCAGACAUACAUACAAAAAAAUAACUCAUCACUCUCUACUUUCUCUUCUCCGUGGUGUCUCUGUUGUCCCUCCAUGUCCUAAAGGUGCUGAACGAUGACUGCAGACGUAUUUAUGUUGCCCUCAUCUUUAGUCACCUUUGUACAGUUGCAUUACUCCUGCUUGCCUCUUCAAUCACUUUGUUUCCAAGAGGUACUAAUGAUAAGCAAGUCAAUGUUGACGCUACUUUUAGCUGUAUUUAAAAACUGCUAAAACCAUCGUCCAUCCCUCUUCUUACAUUUUUAGUUUGCAUGUGCAAAUCAUAUUGAUUUAACAUGGAUGAAAACUGGUAAUGUCACCACUUCAUUAUAUGGCUGUGUGAAGCUGAUGAAUGCUAUUAAGCUGGAGGGAGGAGCAUAGAUGGAUGAUAGAAGUCACUUCAGAGCACUGAAGGCUUUUUUUUUUAUGGUCGUUAUUCUUCUCUUCUCCUCAAGUCGUGGUGUGUUUUUCCCAGCCCGCUGUCAUUAGCUUGCAUGACAAGAUUUAAAAAUGUCUAACAAAACUCUUAGUUAAAAUCAGGAUUACACAACAGCGAUGCUGCUUCUGAACUGUAGCUGCACUGUUUGAACCUGGAUCUAAAAUCCUCAUGUGGUUCUAUUAGCAUUACUUUAAUAUUUCAUACAAAUCUCCCAUGAACAUCUGUGCAUGUUGGGAGUAUGUAAAAGGGAGAGGUGCAUGAAACUGAAAGAUAAUGCUGGGGUUUGGGAUUCCUUAAAGCAUCUUAGAACAAAGUCAGAACUGAAAGGUUUGGGGAAAUUUACUCUGUACAUCUGCGGCCCCACAAUAAUCUUUCUGCCAAGAUGCCUGUAGGCGUUCCACUGAGGAUUUUAGAUACCACUUUACUAGUCAACCUAGAAAGGCUGCUGUAACCACUUCAACCAUGUUGAUUCCAUGUCUGUUUACAAAACCUUCAGGGUAUUUUUGGACAGUUUCAAGUUCUAGUCAGCUGGGUCAGAGGCCCCUUCUAGAAACCACCAUAAAAACCUUUAAUUCCAGGACUGUAGUCAGUUUGUACAGAUUUUAUGCGCGGGCUGGAGGAGUGAAAAGAUAUUUCUUUACACUGCUGUGGAUGCAAGUAUUAUUCUGUUUAAUGUGGCUGAGAGGGCUUUAACUUGGUACAAUUUGAAGUGUUUUUUAAAACAGAUCAUAUCAUUAAGGCUCGACUUGAGAUUUCAUACAGAUUAUUGCCUGGCUAAGUAUGUGAAAAAGGGGGAGACUGAAAUGUGAAGUAGACAGACACUUUCUUAGAUCCACCUAAAUACUGAAAUAAACUGUGUUACACAAAAACAAAGAUGUUCUUAUCAAAAAAAAAAAAAAAACCUGUGUGGAUUGCUAAGUUCAGAUCCUGGG